UUGUCAUUGUAACUGUCACUUGUAUAUCGUUUAUAAAAAGGAAGCUGUCGUAGCGGGUGUCGGUGACGCGCUGCCGGCAGCGCAGACGCGAUAUCGAAUCGCUUGACGGAGGAAGGUCGCUACACUUCUCCUUUUCCUACGCGACUUUUGCUGAUACUGAACAUCCGUGAGAAGAGCGCAGAGCUGCUAGGGAUCUUCGAGUGACACAACCAACACAACUGCGCCAGCACAUCUGACCGAAUAAUAAGGAAAGUUUUGCGCUGGCGACUGCUGACGAGUUGUGUGAGAAACGAUGUUGACCCUAGCGCGGAGACUGGCCAUCCGCCCAUGCGUGUACAGGGUUAACGCAGCCCUGUGGUCUUCGUCGGCCACCUCGCCCCUCGAACGCUUCAACGACGCCGUCGCCAACCUCGCCAAGGUGCCCGAGGAGCCGUCGAACGACGUGAAGCUCAAGUUGUACGCGCUGUACAAACAGGCCACAGUGGGUAAAUGCAACACUCCCAAGCCAGGGGUGUUUGAUCUGGUCAACAAGGCUAAGUGGGACGCCUGGAGUACCCUUGGUGACAUGCCUAAGGAAAAGGCACAAGCCGAGUAUGCCUCGAUCGUCGACAAGCUCGGUGGGCGCGCCCAGAGUCCUAGCACCAGCUCAUCGAGCGCUAGUGAGUCUGUGCAGUCGCCAUCUGCUGCCACAGGCGGUGACCUCGUGUCGUGCGUCGAAGACAAAGGCUUCAUGGUCCGCUUCAACCGACCGACCAAAAAGAACUCCAUCACCCUUGAGAUGUACGAAACGAUGAUCGGUUACCUCAAGGAGGCGGCCGAGCGAGACGACGUCCACUACCUGGUGCUCACGGGCACGGGCGACUUCUUCUCGAGCGGCAAUGACCUGGGCAACUUCAUGAACAGGCUUAAGACGGGACUGCCACCGGACGUGCUUGCCAAGGAGGCGGCCGAACUGGUCCGCCGUUACGUCGCUGCUUUCAUCAACUUCCCCAAGCCGGCUGUGGCCCUAGUCAACGGCCCUUCCAUAGGCGUUUCCUGCACAGUCCUCGGUCUCUUUGACUUCAUUUAUGCCUCUGACAAAGCUUUCUUUCACACGCCGUUCACGCUGCUCGGACUGAACCCUGAAGGCUGUUCUUCCUACACAUUCCCAAGGGCCAUGGGCGUGGCUAGAGCCAACAGGGUGCUGAUGCUGAAUCAGCAGCUCACUGCCCAGGAGGCCAAGUCGUGCGGCUUUAUCACUGAUGUGUUUCCACAUGCCACCUUCCAUGAAGAGACCAAGAAGAGGCUUCAGGAGCUUGCCAAGCUUCCACCCAAAUCUUUGCAGUACUCAAAGGCACUGGUUCGUGACCCCAUCUGGGCUGACCUGCACAAGGCCAACGACAAGGAGUGUGAUCGCCUCACAGAGCGCUUUGUCUCGCAGGAGGCAAUGCAAGCUGUCAUGAACUUCUUCAAGGACAAGGGGAAGCUUUGAACCAUGCAGCAGCGCAUGUUAGAAGUUGCAUUUGCUACCUCUGAGGUCUCCAUUCAGCCUUGUGCAAUGCCAACUGUGAAUUUAUUUUUUUUUUUUUUUCUGGUGAACCUUCGAGGGCUAAGUGCUGUGGAUCGUAGCAGUUCUUUGGGCCACAUUUUCCCUACACAAGGCAAUUUUGGUCUGACAAAUAGUGCUACUUGGGUUAUUUCAGUUUGGAGAACUAAACAUUUUCCGUAACAUCAAGAGCAUAGGGCUCACUUUUUUUUUUCUUCAAGUGUACUUUACAAAUAACUGUACCUCGAGCUGGAAAGAUGGCAUCUGACAAAAAAAAAUCCUGACAAGCAUUCUACGGCAUUCAGGUGAUAACGAAAACACAAUGGGCGCGCUCCUCAGUAUGGCUGGAGAUCUACUUACUAGAAAAAAAAACGUCCAGGUUGAAGCAGUAUAGAAUGCCUCACAGUCACUUGCAGUUGUGGAGUCUGAUGUGACUAGUGUAGAAUGUUUUUAGAACUUUUGCAGUAUUUUACACACUGUUAACCAGAUUUUUGGGCAUACUAUGGCAAUGCAAAGUUAAUUCAUCAUGUACAACAGUGAUGACAACUUGAAAAGUAUCAUUUGAUGUAGGGCCUGGUCCACAAUUUUCACUGUUGAAUAUAGAUGGUCGAUUACAGCACUCAUUUUGGUGCCUACAUCUCUGUCUGUGUUGCUCUGACUGGAGCGUCAAACUUGUGUAAACUUUAUUUCCUGUUCUCUUGUUCACCUGUGCAUGCAGGCUGUCAUGCUCACUUGAAUGUUGCAGUUUCAGAUAAAAUGUCAUAUUUUUUUA